GCAUUUGGAUGUGUUGUUCGAGGCUGGUCUCUAUUCUCAAAUAUUUGACAAUAAAAUUAGAAAAUACCUAUUCUGUGAUUGGUGUAUAUUCGAGAUCAGUUUAUGUGUCAUCUAAGUAACUUGGGACUGACCAGCGUUUUACAUCCCACUUGGAGGAACAUCUGGUCAAACGCAACAAUUUGGGGGCUUCGUCCGAGAUGACACGCUGACAAUUGGACCUUCUCUUGCAAUCUUCUGGACAGACUCACAUGGCCAAAACAUAAUUCAAGAUUCGUGGACAACAAUCCACUCCUCCAGGGACCCUCCCUCCCGUAGAGUGGGUCAAGCUCAAAGUCAUCAAACGCAAGUGGACGGAGCCCAGGUGGACUGGUCCCUUCAAGGUCGUGGAACGGACGUCUCACGCCCUUCGACUAGCUGGUAAAGGGGACACCUGGUACCACCUCUCCCUCUGCACUCCUGCUGAAGAACCUGAUAGAUCACCAGCGGAUGUCAUUGCUGACAUAGCCACAUCAUCUGCCCCACUCGACCCCCUAGCAGCGCCUUUUGAGCCUGAGGCAGCUGAAGAAGAACGGGAGCAGAAAACGACUCAUUUUUAGUGGGUGUGUUAACGAAGUAACACACAUAAGGGGUGAUCGUGCUAGUAACCUCUCCCCCUCUAGGUCAUAGAAGAGCGAGGCUUUAAUUACACACACAUAAUCCUACAGCCCAGAAGACGACGCUGAGAGAGAGAUUUUCUACCUAUAUUACUCUUUUUAACUUCUAUAUUGUAUAUCCUUAUUUGAGACCAGCCUUUAUACUCGAAGUUAUCCAAUUUCUCUUGCUUGUUUUCAGCAUAACUAUCUGUGUCGUUAUAUUAAGUGAAAAGUUUGAUGUUUAUCCCCGUUUCGUUACCUGAAUUACUCUGAUUUUGAUAGUCGAAAAACAAGGAUGUUACGCCCAGAAGUAUUUCCUGACGGAUUGGUGUUUAGGCUUGUUCUACUGUUCUUGUGCCUCAGUCCUUCCUUCCCGACGACAGUGACUGACAAGUGUCUUAGAACAUACGGCGGACUUGAAAUAGACUGGGUUAGGGGGGACAGCAAGACUUAUUUUUUUGACCUGUGCAGUGUGAUUAAAUGCGGGGGGAAAAAUAGUUUGUACCGUAGUAGUAACCUCUAUCUUUGUGACGACAUAAAACUGAAUCAUUGGUGUCGGAAGCAGACAACAUACUCUAGUGGGUGGUGCCCCUCAUGGACGAGUGUAACCCACUACACAGGGCCCUCUUUUUACCAUUACCGCCUACCUCUACUAUUACAAGUUAUUCAGAGAGGGAUGACCUUUCAGAGGAAUUUUGAUCGUUCCCAGAAUCCCCUUGCACUUACAAUUAUCGGAAUGGGUGUUGUGCCAAGUCCCUUUUAUGUUGUUUUGGGGGUUGAACAGGCUGGUACGGACCCUAAAGGGAUUAUUAAAAUUAAUAUCCUUGAGAGGGCAUUAACUACCUUUGCCCCCUCUGUAGCACCUAAAGUGCCACUCCACCUCGGUGACGUUACAAAAGCUCUCACAUCUGUGUAUACUAAUGACAUCACCACUGAAGACCUGGUAGCUUUGACCUUAGGAGCAGGUGCAGGCAACCUAUGGCUCAGGUGGAUGACUAGCAUGGCUAAGAGCCAAAACCUGGGUGACUGUGUUGCUUGUUCCGCUGGACGUCCUUUUCCCCACACUUACCCCGCCCCUUUUAAGUUGACUGACAUAAAUGGCUCAAACUGUCUUAUUUCCUUGUUCUCUGAACCCACGCCACCAGGGUGCGAUUUGUUGGCUAGUGUGUACCCUCCUGUUGACAAUUCCACCCGACUUCUUCCAUUUGUGGCCCAAAAGCUGAAUUACACGUGUUUUCAAUUCAAAGGACCCUCUUCGUCCCCCAACAAAUUGGGUGAUAUUAACCCUUCCUGGUGCACCACACUGAUAGAUGGCUCAAGGAUAGGCCCUUGGGCACGAGCUGACUUAUUCUGGUAUUGUGGGGAGCACAGAUUGUACAUUAGAAUCCCAAAGUCAUCCGUAGGGCUUUGUGCUAUGGUUAGACUGGUGACCCCACUCACCCUAGUGGGUACCAAAUUAACUCCCCUUGUAACUCCUGUCUCAGCGGCCUCUCUAACUUCUCGCCGACGCCGCCAUGUUUUAUCUCGAAGGAGUGUAAAGGGCUCCUUUGAUCUGAUGAGAAACCCUGAUGGUGUUUACUUUGAUGCAAUUGGACAACCAAGAGGGGUCCCCUCACAACACAAAUUGUGGUGUGAAUCCUGUGCAGGUUUCGAGAACCUUCCUAUCAUUGGUGCUAUUUUCCCUGUGACUGCUACUAAAAAUGUUGAACGCAUUAACUAUGUUUUUUAUAAUCUGUUGAGACUGACCAACCUGACUCGUGACGCCGUUGAGGGACUUGCUGAACAACUUGCCCCGACCUCUCUCAUGGCCAUCCAGAACCGCAUAGCCCUUGACCGCAUCCUAGCCAAGGAAGAAGGCGUGUGUGCAAUGUUUGGUGACCAAUGCUGUACCUUCAUUCCUAACAACACUGCACCAGAUGGCUCAGUUCAGAGGGCCUUAGAGGGCCUCCAGGCCCUGUCUAAGGAACUUACUGAAGUUUCAGGGGUCUCUGACCCCUUUAAAGAUUGGCUCCAAAGCACAUUUGGCAGGUGGACUGACCUAAUUAAGUCUGUCCUGGUCUCCAUUGGAGUUUUCUUGGCCAUUAUAGCCUCUUGCGGUUGCUUUAUCGCCCCUUGUGCUAAGUCUCUAUGCACCCGCAUCAUUGUUAGAGCUGUAGAAGGUCAACCCCACCCUGUUUCUGGGCUCGUUAUGUCUUUGAAGGGGGUCAAGCAAAAUGGAGACUUUCGAGAAUUGUUGAUUUCCUUCCCUGACCAUGACGACAUUGACGUGGACUCCCUCCAUCUGUCAUCCAUGUAAAUAUGCUGUUGUUUUAUUGCUAGCUUGCUCAAAGAAAAAAAAAACUACAGCACCUACUUUAAUGUGGGGCGUGCUUUAGAGGUGUUGCUCUCGUAGGAGAGAUCUUUUGGAUAAGAUCUGAAGGGGGAUUGUAGAUAAUGCAUAUGUUUAAGAGCUAUUUCUUUAUUCAUAAUCAUGUUUGAAUCAGCUCAUUUCUUUCCUUAAUUUUACUCUGUAUACUAGUUUCUCUUUGUCUUCAGAUUGCCUGGUUAGAUAGGGUCGUAAACCAUCAGGAAUGUGAACACAACCCCCAAGUCUCUCUUCUUAUCAGUGUUGGGGGGAGGGGAAAGGCGGGCUUUCUUUGUGUGAAAAGAGUUGCUUUUGGCCUGUGGAA